AUGGCGGAUAUGGAUAUACCAAUGGAUGUUAUGGAUAGUCUUCCAGAUCUCAUUGAGACAGAUGAAACUUUAACAGCCAUGAUAGAAGAUGAUUCAAAAAGUAUAGAUAAAGAAGAGGAAGAAACAAUUGUUACUAGAAAGAAAAAAAAUUCUAAACCUAGUGGUGGUCUUAUUAGUGCUAAUAAAAAAGAAUAUAAAGGAAAAAUUGAUAAAAAAGAGAAAGUAAUUACGGGUGAAGUAAGAAAAAUUCCUGUUCCACCACAUCGCUAUACUCCAUUAAAAGAAAAUUGGAUGAAAAUUUUGACUCCUAUUGUAAAAAAUCUUGAUUUACAAAUUAGAUAUAAUUUAAAAAAUAAAAAUGUAGAAAUUCGUUGUCCAAAUAUGAAUGAAGAAAAUAAAACUAAACUUCAGAAAGGAGCUGAUUUUGUCAAAGCUUUUGUUCUUGGUUUUUCAAUUGAAGAUGCAAUGGCACUUAUACGUUUAGAUCAUUUGUUUUUAGAAUCUUUUGAGGUAAAUGAUGUCAAACCAUUAAAAGGUGAUCAUUUAUCAAGAGCUAUUGGAAGAAUUGCUGGUAAAGAUGGAAGAACAAAAUAUACAAUUGAAAAUGUUACAAAAACAAGAAUUGUUAUUGCAGAUAGUAAAAUACAUUUAUUAGGUUCUUUUCAAAAUUUAGCAGUUGCUAGGCAUGCCAUAUCAAGUUUGAUUAUGGGAACACCACCAAGUAAAGUAUACGGAAAUUUAAGAAAUUUUGCAAGCAGGGCUUUUGACAGAUUAUAA